UAUUUCAAGAAUUUCUAUAUAUACCUAUGAACCACACCCAUUUCACCUCACAUCUUAGUUCUCUUCAUAUCUAUCUCCAUGGAAAAUCACAAGCCACCCUCUUUCCUUUGUCUUCAUACCAAGGAUGUCAUCAUAGUUAAACCCUCCAAACCCACACCUUCUGAAAUUCUUUCACUCUCCACCAUUGACAAUGAUCCUAACAUCAACAUUCUUUGCCAAACCAUAUAUGUCUACAAAGCAAAUCAUGAUUUCCCAAAUGACCAAAAAGACCCUUCUUCUCUAAUCAAAGAAGCACUCUCAAAGGCUUUGGUUUACUAUUACCCUCUUGCAGGAAAAAUAACAACACUUGAUGAUGAAAGGCUUGGAAUCAACUGCAAUGGUGAUGGAGUUCCAUUCUUAGAAGCAAAUGCAAACUGUGAACUCUCUUCCCUUAACUAUCUUGAAGGCAUUGAUGUUCCAACAGCACAAGCACUAGUGUUUGAUAACCCUUCACAAGACCAAACUAGUCCUUAUCCUUUGGUUUUCAAAGUUACAAAGUUUCUUUGUGGUGGCUUCACAAUUGGUAUGGGAUUGUCACAUAGCGUUUGUGAUGGUUUUGGUGCAUCAAAAUUCUAUAGAGCACUUUUAGAAUUUGCAAGUGGAAAAAAUGAACCUUCUGUGAAACCUGUUUGGGAGAGAGAGAGAUUAACAGUGAAAAAAACUACUCUUAAGGAAGAAGAAGAAGAAGAACAAUUCAAGUUUCUUAUAGAUGAAACUUCUAUAGCAACUUCACCUUUUUUACCAACCAAAGAAAUCUCACAUGAAUGCUUUAACAUGGAUAGUGAAACCAUAAAAAGGCUCAAAAUGAAACUAAUGAAGGAGGUUGAUAGUGAUGAUAAUGUGAUGAUGAAGGAAAGUUUCACAAUCACAACAGUUGAAGCACUUGGUGCAUAUGUUUGGAGGUCAAAAGUAAGAGCUUUGAAACUGAACAAUGAUGGAAGAACUUUGUUUUGUUUAGCAGUAGGUGUGAGACACUUAAUGGAUCCACCUUUGCAUGAAGGGUAUUAUGGUAAUGCGUUUGUAGCUUCAAAUGUGGUGUUAAAAGUGAAAGAGCUUAAUGAAAAACCACUUUUUGAAGCUGUGAAGCUUAUCAAAGAGAGUAAAAAACUUUCAAUGAAUAAAGAGUAUAUAAGAAGUUCAAUUAACAUGUUGGAGAUAAUGAAUAGAAGGAAGAUGAAGAUUGAAGGAACAGGUGCAUCAUUGGUUUUGACAGAUUGGAGACAACUUGGUUUGUUGCAAGAAGUUGAUUUUGGAUGGAAGGGUUCAGUUAAUAUUGUGCCUGUUCCUUGGAACAUGUUUGGUUUUGUGGAUUUGUGUCUUUUUUUGCCUCCAAAUAAUUUGGAUCCUUCAAAGAAAGGUGGAGUUAGGAUCUUUGUGUCACUUCCAAGAGCUUCAAUGGAUAAGUUUAAAGAGGAGAUGGAGCUUCUUAAGGGCAUGAAACUUGAUGAAGAUAUUUAGCACCUAGCUAUAAAAAAUAUUGAUACUUUAUAAAAUUUGAUGCUUGUUUCUUUUGUAUGAAGUUCUUUUCUUUUCCUUCUAUCUUUCUUCCAAGUCAAGUGUGCUAUUUCUUUUUAGUUGCCACCACAUGAUAAUUAACGGCUGUAACACAUUGAAUCAGAGAAGGCUAUUUUUCAUGUUUCCAAGCUUAGAAAGAAAUUGUAUUCAACUCUUGUUUUAGAGAUCA